AUGUUGGUUACAACUGUUCUUUUUAUUUGUGUCGUAUAUUUAUUUAUUUCAUAUUUAUGGAUUAUUAAUAAUUCUUAUAAUUAUUUUAAACAUCAUGGUAUUCCAGCACCACCAUAUCGUUUCUUCUAUGGUCAUUAUAAAGAUCUUUGGUCAGUAAAAUCAUUUUCAAAAAAAUUACAAGAAUGGACAAGACAAUAUGGUUCGAUAUAUGGAUUAUAUGCUGGUACAACACCAAUGUAUGUUGUAUCCGAUGUUGAUUUUCUUGAAGAAGUUUAUAUUAAACAAUUUUCAUCAUUUCAUUCACGUCGUUUACCAGUUAUAUUACGUCUUCAAACCGGUCAUAAAGUGCAUUUAUUUAGUGCAAUUGGAGCGAGAUGGCGUCGUCAACGACAAGUUAUCAAUCCAACAUUUUCAUCGACAAAACUUCAGCUAAUGUCUCCACUUGUUAAUAAUUGUAUUACAGCAAUGUUAAAUAAAAUAUCUAGUAUUGUUCAUAAUAAAAAUACUGAAAUUAAUAUAUAUCUAUUAUAUAAACGCAUGACAAUGGAUGUUAUAUGUCGUUGUGCAUUUGGUAUUGAUACUGAUAUGCAAAAUGAUACUGAUAAUAUAUAUUUAAGAAAAUCAGCUGGAACAUUUGAAAUCGAUGUUGAUAGAUUAUCUAUAGUUAAAUUAACUAAUUUAUUACCAUUUUUUAUCAAUCCUUUUCGUUAUUUAUUUUUAUUUCAAAUUGCUAUUCGUAGAAUAUUAAUAAGAUUAAUUCCAUCAUUAAGUAAAUAUAUUGAGGAAACACCUGGUUCAUGGUUAACAAAUCGUGUUAGAGAUGUUGUUAAUAUUCGACGUACAUCAUCAUUAAAACGUGUAGAUUUAUUACAACUUAUGAUGGAUGCUUCAACACAUGAUAAAGUUAAAGAUCAUAGUGAUGAACGAUUAAUGUCAAAAGUAUUACAUUCAGAUGAAGUUGUUAGUAAUGUAUUUCUUUUCAUGAUUGCUGGUUAUGAAACAACAUCAACUGCACUUGCUUAUUCAACUUAUGUACUCGCUACAGAACCACAUAUUCAAGAUAAACUUGUUGCAGAAAUCAAUCAAAUCGAUUGGAAGAAUAAUAAUGAUGAUGAAGAUAUUUAUCAACAAGCAGUAAAUCUUUCUUAUCUAGAUCUGUUCGUUCGUGAAGUUCUUCGAAUGUAUCCUAUAACAAGUAAAGGACAAUCAAGAGAGUGCAAUACAACUGCAAAUGUUUGUGGUCAUAUUAUUGAAAAAGAUAGUAUAAUUCAACCGGAUAUAUUUUCUAUUCAUUACAAUGCAGAUUUAUGGGGACCGGAAGAUCCAAAUCUGUUUUUACCUGAACGACAUAGUGUAAAACGUCAUCCAGUUGCUUGGAUCCCGUUUGGUGUAGGUCCACGAAAUUGUAUUGGAAUGAGAUUUGCUUUGAUGGAAUUAAAGAUGUGUUUAAUUCAAUUACUUCGUGAAUAUCGAGUAUUAGCUGGUGAUAAAAUUGAAGAAGGAUUUCAAAGACAAGAAAGACUUGUUAUACAACCUGAAGCAAUAUUUGUUAAACUUGAAAAACGUUCUUUUUAA